AUGGAUCAACAGCAACUAGUCGUCAUCGAUUCAGAUGGAGAGGUUAUUAUCCUCCUUCGCAAUGAAAACUCUUCCUUUGCGCAGUCGGCAAAUGAACCCAAGCCCCCAGUUAACACCCCUGCCCCGGUAUGCUACUGCCCCAAUAUUUUGGUUCCAAAUGAAGCUUGCACAUAUUACGUCCAAAGUAACUGGCAAGGCUUCUGA